GGCUGUGGCUGCAUCCAGGUGCCAGGGAAUACCUGGUGCCCCCCUUUCCCUGCUACCCCUACGAUGCCCCCAGCCCGCUGGCUGAGAUCGGCAGGGGCCCUCCUGCUGCCAGCCCCACGCUGGGUACCCUGGGAGAGGCAGCUGGGUCCCCCAUGGCAGCCCUCUCUGGCAAAUGGGGGCCCAGCCCUGGGGGUCCAGCACAGUGCUCGCCACUGGUGCCAAUCUCGGAGAGAGGAACCUCGAAUGAAUGGAGAUCAGAAAUCAGUUUUUGCCCAAGAGAAGCAAGACUUCGUCCAGUAUUUCUCCCAGAUUGUAAAAGUCCUGACAGAAGAUGGGAUGGGGCAUCCUGAGGUGGGAGAUGCCAUAGCCAGGCUCAAGGAGGUCCUAGAGUACAAUGCCCUUGGGGGAAAAUACAACCGAGGCUUGUCAGUGCUCAUGGUGUUCCGGGAGCUGGUGGAACCCCGAAAGCAGGAUGCUGACAGUCUACAGAGAGCACUGGCAGUGGGCUGGUGUGUGGAGCUGCUCCAGGCUUUCUUCCUAAUAACAGAUGACAUCAUGGAUGCUUCUCUGACCCGCCGGGGACAGCCAUGCUGGUAUAAGAAGCCUGGCAUUGGCUUGGAUGCCAUCAAUGAUGCCAUGUUGUUGGAAGCCUGUAUCUAUCGCCUCUUGAAGCAUUACUGCCAUGGGCAGCCCUAUUACCUGAACCUCAUUGAACUCUUCCUACAGACCACUUACCAGACUGAGAUUGGCCAAACCCUCGAUCUUAUCACAGCCCCUCAAGACAAGGUUGAUCUUACCAGAUUCACUGAGCAGAGGUAUAAGACCAUUGUGAAAUACAAGACGGCUUUCUACUCCUUCUACUUACCAUUUGCUGCUGCUAUGUUCAUGGCAGGCAUAGAUGGGGAGAAAGAACACGCCAAUGCCAAGAACAUCCUUCUGGAGAUGGGGGAAUUUUUUCAAAUUCAGGAUGAUUACCUUGACCUUUUUGGUGACCCCAAUGUGACUGGCAAGAUUGGUACUGACAUCCAGGACAACAAAUGCAGCUGGCUAGUGGUGAAGUGCUUUCAGCUGGCAUCAUCUGAGCAAAGAAAGAUGUUGGAGGAGAGUUAUGGACAGAAAGAUCCAGAGAAGGUUGCCAAAGUGAGGGAGCUAUAUGAGAAACUUGAAUUGCCUGCUCAUUUCACCAAGUUUGAAGAAGAAAGUUACAGUAGACUAAUGGGGCUCAUUGAGAAGCAUUCAUCCCCCCUUCCCCCAUCUAUCUUCUUGGAAAUGGCAAAGAAGAUCUACAAACGUCAGAAGUGACCAAGGAAUUGGACACAAGGAGGGGGGCUGGGAGGGCAGGGCACCAUGAGUGGAGUUGGGAGAGGAUGUCUUCUCAAUAAAUUAUGGCUCUUUUA